AUGGACGAUAAUUUCAGGAAAUUGGCCGACCAGGCGAUGAAAAGCCUACAUGAGAAUGCUUGGCUCAAUGGUCUCCACAUUCCGGAGCGCGAAAUGGAAGCUAUGCGCAGAGUUCAGAAUACCUACGUCGUUCAGCUAGGUAGCCUUCCGGAGGUCGGAUACAAACUCAGGAUCCGUCUAAUCUGGGACUAUGAUAGGAUCUGGGGGAUGUUUGAUUUCGGGUGUAGUAGAGGACUGUUCUUGAUUGAUCCAGGUCUGAAACCAAUAGACUGCGCCGACAACGGUCAGCUUUUGCCAUUUACAUGGCGUGGCGUGAACAAAGACUCCCCAGAUGACCCCUACGGUUAUGAAGAAGAAGCAAAGGGAGAGAUCUGCAUAAAUGCGCGGAAGGAAACUCUGGAGGGUUUCUUCGGGUUCAUGGGGGGUAAUGGCACCGCUGGCAGGGAUAGGAAAUGUGCUUUUCACGCGAAGCGACAUUUUGGCCCGCAAGUGGUCCCCAAUUCCCUAGAGAACAUUGUGAAGGAAUGGAACGAUUAUUGUCCUGAUUUCAGACAAGAAACAGUGCGCCAAAAUCUGACCGACUCGGCAUUUGCAGAGUAUCUUGAGACCAACAACCAAGUUGCUAUCAGAAAAUCUCUACAGGCCGCUCCUGACGACAUUGAAGCGGCCGGAACAUUUAUAACAAAUGGCAGCGACGCAACUGCUGUCAACCCUGGUCUGCACAUUUCAAAUGUAGGCAGCAUCCGGCUUCCCAUUUUCGCCGAAGAAGCAAAAGCGAUCAUAAAGUCCUGCCGACUGAGCCCUUACGGAAAGGGGACUGAAACCCUGAACCCACAAUGGAACGCACAGGUCGACCGUUACGUUCACAAGGCGGCCACUGGUCUCGGUCUUGAGGCGAAAUCUGUGGAGGUCAAGGCGGAAUUUUACAAACUGCUUGUAUAUGCGAAAGAUGCUUUCUUCCUGCCGCACCAGGAUUCAGAAAAAGCAGAUGGGAUGUUUGGCACCCUUAUCAUAUCUCUACCCUCGAAGCACGAGGGCGGGAACGUGAUCGCUUCUCACAGGGACAAAAAGCUGGAAUUUGCAACGGCGCCAAACUCGGAAUUUGGGUAUACAUGGGCCGCUUGGUAUGCUGAUGUCUCACAUGAGGUCAAGCCCGUUACCUCUGGAUAUAGGAUUGUUCUGAAUUACAACUUGAUCCAUCGUGCGUCCGCUGCGCUCUUACCGUUCCGCAGCAACAGAGCAGAAAAUCUCACCGAUUUGCUUAAAUCGUGGGCUCUCGCCGCCAAAAGACCCGGGCAAUACCUCGAUGGCUGGGAUGAGUCUGACUUCCGUGAAGCCUGUCCACCAGCUCUAAUCUAUAUUCUCGAGCAUCAGUACACUGAGGCAGAGCUUAGUUUCACCCGCCUCAAAGGAGUUGACCGACCCCGCUUUGCAGAACUGCAGAAUGCUUGCCAAAAAGCAGACUUUCUCAUCUUUCUAGCUAACAUUGAGAAAAACGAGACUGGUGAGGUGUGGGAUGAUAUGGAUGAUGAUUACGGUGGCUAUUAUGGCCGCGGAGGCUACGACAGUGAUGGGUUUCACAGCCUUCAAGACAUAGAUGAAUCCAAGCUUGAGCUUUGCCAUGUUGUGAACGCUGACGGCCAAGUAGUUGGAACACAUAUGCCCUUUGUUGAAAACAUGCUGGUUUCAGCAGAUGCUUUCAAUCGCGACCCAGAUGAUGAGGACUUCAGUGGGUUCACGGGCAACGAGGGUGCUACGGCAACCUACUUUUACAAAGAAACUGGCGUUUUGAUACUCCCAAAAGAAUUUCACUGCUUGUUUCAGCUGCAAAAGUUGAAGGGUUGUGAUGAUGGGGUCGAACGAGCCCUUGAGGAAAGCCACCGUCUCAUGAAAGAAUAUCCCAAUGAUACGAAGGCCAAAGAAAGAGUAUUGCGGGUUUGCAGAGUCGCGCUUGAGUCAAAGUUAGCGACAGAUUCAGUUAUGCAAAUUGCCCUUGAACUGGAUGACCUGCCACUCUUUCGCCGGAGCAUGGGCAAAUUGUGGACUCGAUUCUCGACCCCUCAAAGCUCUCUGAUUGCCAACAUCAUUUUCCUGCAUGGCCUGGAAGUCAUUCGCUCCGCACUAGAUAGUUAUUUCUCGGCAAAAUCCGGAUUUCAGUAUAAAAAUCUUUUGUUGAGUGAACAAUUGACCUCGCUCUCUCGACUGGCCGCAGAAUAUCAAUCGCUGUGUGAGAGACAGGACCGGAAGCCAUCGGCGGAAGUAACAGAACGGUGCGACAGCAUUUUGGAUAAAAUUCUUUCCACUAAACUUAAGGGAUUCGAAUCAGAAGGUCCCCUUCUGGCAGAAUCUUUGAGUGAAUCCCCCGCACCUGGAUUUCUCCAAAAAUCUGUUACCUUCCUGGAGAAAAACAUGUCACAGAAGCCGUUGAUCUUGUCAUUCAUCGUCUCGGUUCAUGACUUCCCGGAAACAGGAAACCUAGACAAGGGAGAGGUGGGUGAAGCGAUAGAUCGGCUGUUCCCAACGGCCAUCAAGAAUUUCACAGUGGAAAGCACGUUACCUUUGGAUUAUCAAGACAGGUAUCUCUGUUGGUCUUAUCCAUCCCGUUCAAAGCCUUCCCGGGUUUCCCCGGACUGGGUAGUCAAGCUGGUUAAGCUAGCGGAUGCCACGCAUAUUGACACCACAGGAAUAAUGGAUACACUUGUCGAAUACGCGGCGAAUGCCAAACCGGCUACCACAAAGCGUGCCGUUUCGCCCGGUGAACAGACCUUCUUCACAGAGUUCCUCAAAGCUUACGUGACUAAUUACAUCAAAAUUGUGCCUCCUCCGCCACCCGACUGGAAGGAGCGCACUUCUAUUAACUGUUCCUGCGAUGACUGUCGUACCCUGCGCCAGUUCAUCAAUGACGUCAAUGCCACCAGCAAGGAUUUCGCCAUGGCAGAGAAACGCAGAAAGCAUCUGGACCAACAACUCGACAAGUCCUACUUUUUCACGAGCACUGUCAAAUCAGGUUCGCCACAUAGACUACGAGUGGAGAAGACGAAAGCUAAAGAGGUUUCCAACUUCAUCGGAUGGAUCAAGCGCGCACAAGCUGGACAAGCUCAACUGGACCGGUUGUCUCAGCAGACACCCCUGAAAAAUAUUUUGGGUGACAAUUACAACUCUAUUGUCGACCACGAGAACCUCAAGUUUCCCAAGAAACUCCCACCAUCUAUUUUGAGUUUGAUCCAAAAGAACCCCUCAAAGGCGGGCCGAAGCACUGUGCCGCAGAAACGUGGUUACCGGGGCUGAGAAUGAAGUGGUGAUUCCCAUUUGAGGAAUCUGUACGUAUGCAAAAGUUAUUGUUUACAGCGGUUCGAAUUAGCUGCAAUGGUCUUUUAUUAGGGC